AUGUCGAGCAAGGCGGCUCUGAAGGCCAUCAACGAGGCAGUCCGCCAACAGAAGUUUGACGAGGCUAUUGAAAAGGCCCAAGAAUUUUUGAAAAAGGAGCCCAAAAACCACCAGGGACACAUUUUCUUGGCUUUUGCGUUGGAUAAGAAAAACAAGUAUGAUGAAGCUGAAUGCAUAUACAAAUCAGCAGCUUCACUGCGUCCUCAGGAUGCUCAGGCUUGGCAGGGCCUGAUCAAAUUGUACGAGAAGCAGUCGACCAAGAAGCUGAGAGAAUACCAGGAUGCAGUGGUGCAUCUGGCUCCCAUCUUCCAUCAGGCGGAAGAAUUGUACAAAUGCCAGGAACUUGUUGAUAAAUAUGUUGACUUUGUACGAGUUCAAGGCGAUCAAGUACAGUAUGCCGAUGCCCUGUGGAUCAGGCUUCCCGAGAGUCCCCUCUACCCAAUAUUAGAGGGCUAUUUUCCCCAUCCUGCCAAGACUUAUGAAAGCAUUGCUCAUAUCAUCGAAACUUUUGAGAAGAAGCGUAUUAAUACCCUUAUUGGAGAACGGCGGACCAGACUGGGCGCGAAAUUGAGUGAAGUCACUCUGGAAGUGAAGCGGGAAGUCUACAGCCAAAGCAAGUUGGAACACAUUUAUCGACAGCUCAUCAACUGGACAACGGACGAUGACCUGCGGCGGACUUAUGAAGAAAAAUUACUUCAGUACUGCUACGACUGUGUUGCUGUAUUGCCUGCCGGGCCAACCAAGGUUGAGGCGCAAGAGAAAGUUCUCGGAUUGGCGAAUGACAUGGUUGUCAUCAAGCACCCCUUUCGGCUUGCUUGGGAUGUAGCCAUCAAUUGGCAAGACAAGAAGGAGAUUCGCGACUACGACGUGGAACUUCUCAGAAGAUACUGCAACUUUUUUCCAGAGAGUGAUUUGUACAAGAUUAUCACUGCAUACUUGACAAGCGACUUUUCUCCUUUCGCAGCUCCUCCAGCAGACAAGGCGCAGACUCCCGCACCUGCUGAGGGAGAAACUUCUGAAGAUAGCGACGAAGAUGAUGGCGGCGUGCCGACCUUUGUAGUCCCACUGACUGAAGAAGACCGGCUAUUAAUGAUGACUGAUGGUAUCACCAGUUCUGAAUCUGCCUUUGGCUAUAGAUUAGCGGGACAGUACUUUCUGCGAUCCGGAGAAUACGAGACGAACGUGGAGUUGAUGCGCAAGGCUAUCCCAUACCUCGACAAGCAAAAGCUGAAAAUCGGAUUGGCAUAUGAAAAUACAGAGGAUGCGUAUUCCAUCUGCCUGGCAACUGCUCUCAUCUACUACCAGUCUCCAAGGCAUCAUCGAGAAGCCAAAAGCCUGUUUGAUACAAUUUUGGAGCACGACAAGAGUUCAACUCCCGCCCUGAUCGGUGUCGGACUCAUAUUCGAAGAGGAAGAAGAGUAUGAAGAAGCAAUUGACUUCCUUAGUCGUGCAUUGGCUCGAGAUGCUUCAAAUCUCCGAGUCAAAUCUGAAGCUGCCUGGGUCAAAGCUCUUAAGGGAGACUGGCAAACAGCUCGGGAUGAUCUGCAAGAAUGCCUGGAGCCCUUGGAAAAGCAGGGCAGUACAGCCAAAGAACUGCUGGCUGAUACCCAGUACCGAAUUGGAAUGUGCAUUUGGAACUUGGAGACUGAUAAACAGGCCCGAAGGCGGAGAAAGGGCGAUUGCGCCUAUGCCUACUGGCUAAGCGCUUUAAACAACAACUUGAACCAUGCCUCAACAUAUACUAGCUUGGGCAUCUUUUACAGCGACUACGCCAAAGACAAGAAGCGGGCACGACGAUGCUUCCAAAAAGCCUUGGAGUUAUCAUCAUCAGAAGUAACGGCUGCUGAACGUUUGGCGCGCUCCUUUGCAGAUGAUGGUGACUGGGACCGUGUGGAAUUGGUUGCUCAGCGGAUCGUCGACUCCGGCAAGGUGAAACCUCCUCCAGGAUCGAAACGAAAGGGAAUCAGUUGGCCCUUCGCGGCGCUAGGUGUUGCAGAGUUGAACAAGCAAGAAUUCCACAAAUCUAUUGUGUCUUUCCAGGCAGCACUCCGUAUCUCACCAAACGACUACCACUCAUGGGUUGGUCUUGGCGAAAGCUAUCACAGCUCUGGUCGCUACAUUGCAGCGACUAAAGCCAUUCUCAACGCCAAGAAGCUGGAAGAGGACUCGAAAGAAGAUGUUUCCGGCGACACUUGGUUUACCAAUUAUAUGCUUGCAAACAUUAAGCGCGAAUUGGGCGAGUUUGACGAAUCUAUUACGCUUUAUCAAGUUGUCCUAGAGACACACGGUGAAGAGGAGGGAGUAGUUCUUGCACUUAUGCAAACAAUGGUGGAUAAUGCUGUUACCAGUGUGGAUAAGGGCCUGUUUGGAAAAGCUAUUCAUCUUGCUAUAGACGUCAUCAAGUUUGCUGCAGAGAAGAGCGGCAGCGUGUUGGACACUUUUAACUUUUGGAAGAGCAUCGCUGAGGCUUGCUCCAUCUUUACAUCGGUCCAGAGCCGAGUGCUGGAUUUCCCCCUAGAUUCCAUCAGGUCCCUGUUGGAAUCGAGGCCCCAGGAGGCCUUUGAUGUGUUGUCUGGCGUCGAUAAAGUUGGCACCGAUAUCGAUUACAAAAAAGUCGCCACGGACGAUCACUUUGGUCCCGAGCUUGCAAUGUGCUUGCAUGCAGCUAUUUUGAGCUACAAACAGGCCAUCCAUGUGUCGUUGAACGAUAUCCACGCACAAGCCGUGGCCUACUAUAACCUUGGAUGGGCCGAGUAUCGAGCGCACGCUUGCAUGCCAUCACAUCUGCGGAAAAAGGCAAAUCAAUACAUCAGGGCUGCUGUUAGAGCAUUCAAACGCUCAAUUGAGCUGGAAGCCAGCAAUGCAGACUUCUGGAACGCCUUGGGAGUGGUGACAAGUGAUAUUAACGCAGAAAUAUCGCAGCACGCCUUUGUCCGAAGCUUGUAUUUGAAUGAGCGUAGUCCUGUGUCGUGGACAAACUUGGGGACUCUGGCUCUGCUCUCGGGUGAUGUCAAGCUUGCCAAUGAGAAUUUUACGAGGGCUCAGUCAAAUGACCCGGAUUAUGCGCAUGCCUGGCUUGGUCAAGGAUUUGUGGCGCUGCUGUGUGGUGAGGCAAAGGAAGCCAGAGGACUUUUCACGCAUGCCAUGGAAAUUUCAGAAUCCUCGUCACUGCCCGCACGCCGCCACUAUUCAUCUUCGCUGUUUGACCACAUUUUGACGGCUCCGCUCAACUUGAAUGUGGCAUCGUUAAUUCAGCCUCUCUUUGCUGUUAAUCAAGUCCAGAGCCUGCGCCCCGAGGAUUUAACAUUCCUACAUCUUGGCACCCUUUUACAAGAGCGCACGGGUGAACACUCUCGCGCAGUCAAGACUCUUGAGAAGAUUUGCGCAAAGGCGGAAGCUGACUACGAAAAGACAGAGUCUGCAGAUGACCUCGCAAGAUUUACACUAGCUAGGAUUGAUCUUGCACGAGCAUAUCUCGCCUCUGGGCUCUACGAGCAGGCCGUUGAAUGCGGUGAAAUGGCACUGCAGCUGAGCGGCGAAGAGAAUGAGAAUGAGUUGACAAGUGAGCAGCGCAAAAAGGCCAGGUUGUCGGCCCAUUUGACUGUUGGCUUGGCUCAAUACUAUUUGAAGAAUUACAACGAGGCAGAAAGCUAUUUCGAGUCAGCCUUGGAAGAAUCAGACAACAACCCCGAUGCGACCUGCUUGCUAGCUCAGGUCCUGUGGGCACAGGGCACUGACGAUGCAAAGGAAAAGGCUCGCGGGGCUCUCUUUGAAGUCAUUGAAUCGCAUCCUAACCAUGUACAAAGCGUGCUGCUCUUGGGAGUCAUUGCCCUGCUGGACCAAGACGAGGCAAGCUUGGAAGCCGUAGUAGAAGAGCUCCAAGGCCUUCAAACCAACGACAAGGUCACCGCCACAGAACAGUCUCGCAUUGGCCAAGUUUUGCGAGCCGUGGCCACUUUUGGUGAAGGCAAGACUGAACAAGAUAAGAUCUCCCAAGUCCAGAACGACAUCAUGCUCUUCCCCCAUCUCCCGCAUGGCUGGUCUUCUCUUGCCGAGGCGGUGGGCGAAGACGGUGACUAUGCGGCCCAGGUGUCGCUGAAGGUUGCCGCGAGGGGCAUUCCACCGCGGGGAGAAUUGGAAGCUCAGGACUUGGCAAAGGCGUAUUCGUGCACGGGCAGGGUUGCAGAUGCGCAGAAGGCGGCGUUUUUGGCGCCGUGGGAGGUGUCUGGAUGGAAUGCUUUGGAAGCCGGUGUUAAGGGUAUUUGA